GGGCAAGGUCCUGGGUGAGGUCGUGGUGGUGACACAGCGGGCCCUGCCCCUGGGCCCAGCCACUGCACCUGCCGCGGGCCACUGUGACUGACUCCUCCUCACACCCAGCGGAACCUGGGAGGCCGAGUGGGGAAAUGCAGGCCAGGAGCAGCGAAAGCUUCCCGAGGUGCUCCCAGGCCACUUGUCCCCACUGGUCUGUGCCUGACCAUGUUGUACCUGACAGUGCCCCUCAGAUCUUCCUGCCUCUUGCUCAAGCUGAGCGAGACUCUGCCAUGCGAAGACUGCUGCGGUGCCGUGGCGGGGACGUCGGGGAGCGGCCAGCCUCCGCGUCACGGAUGGCUUUGCACCAGCUGCUGGGUCCGCACUUGGUUUAUGUCGGGCAGAGGAUCAUGCGGCCAGAUGAUGCCAAUGUGGCCGGCAACGUCCACGGAGGAACCAUCCUGAAGAUGAUUGAGGAGGCCGGGGCCAUCAUCAGCACCCGGCACUGCAACAGCCAGAAUGGGGAGCGCUGUGUGGCUGCACUGGCCCGCGUGGAGCGCACUGACUUCCUGUCGCCCAUGUGCAUUGGAGAGGUGGCACACGUCAGUGCGGAGAUCACCUACACCUCCAAGCACUCCGUGGAGGUCCAGGUCAACGUGAUGUCUGAGAACAUCCUCACAGGUACCAAAAAGCUGACCAAUAAGGCCACCCUGUGGUAUGUGCCCCUGUCGCUGAAGAACGUGGACAAGGUCCUCGAGGUGCCUCCUGUCGUGUAUUCCCGGCAGGAGCAGGAGGAGGAAGGCCGGAAGCGGUAUGAAGCCCAGAAACUGGAGCGCAUGGAGACCAAGUGGAGGAAUGGGGACAUCGUCCAGCCUGUCCUUAACCCGGAGCCAAACACCGUGAGCUACAGCCAGUCCAGCCUGAUCCACUUGGUGGGGCCUUCGGAUUGCACCCUGCACGGCUUCGUGCAUGGAGGUGUCACCAUGAAGCUCAUGGACGAGGUGGCUGGGAUUGUAGCUGCACGCCACUGCAAGACCAACAUAGUCACUGCCUCCGUAGAUGCCAUUAAUUUUCACGACAAGAUCCGAAAAGGCUGUGUCAUCACCAUCUCUGGGCGCAUGACCUUUACGAGCAAUAAGUCCAUGGAAAUUGAGGUGCUGGUGGACGCCGACCCCGUGGUGGACAACUCCCAGAAGCACUACCGGGCAGCCAGUGCCUUCUUCACCUACGUGUCCCUGAGCCAGGAGGGCAAGUCGCUGCCUGUGCCGCAGCUCGUGCCCGAGACUGAGGAUGAGAAAAAGCGCUUUGAAGAAGGCAAAGGACGGUACCUCCAGAUGAAGGCAAAGCGACAGGGCCACACAGAGCCACAGCCCUAGACCCUCUUCUGCCACUGGGGCCUGAGCAUCUGCUGUGACAGCCCCAGUUCCAGUCACUUAGAAGUUAUCCCCUUGGCCAAAACCCCCACUCCUGUUGAAAGCUGGUGCUGUGUGACGUAUCCACGUGGCAGUGUUAACCUGCGCCCUGUCCCGAGAGCCUGUGCACCAAAGCUUUAUUUAUAUCCUUCCAGUAUAAAUGCUACACAGUAUUGUCCCAAAUGCUGGAGGCAUCCACAGGCACCCUAGGGAAUGCUUCCGAGCACAUUAAGGUAUGUGAAGAAUUCAGUGCCCUAAUAAAGCUGCUGUUUGGCUGGA